UGUAGCGUAGCUGUUAACUGCCGGUUGAACAGGAAGAAGACCGGGGGCGCUGAAAGCAGUGUGGCUUCUGUCUACAUUUGAACAGCUUCCAUCAUGGAUAUUCGACCCAAUCAUACGAUCUACAUCAACAACAUCAAUGACAAGGUCAAAAAAGAAGAGCUGAAGCGUUCGCUCUACGCACUCCUCUCUCAGUUCGGUCAGAUAGUGGAGAUCGUGGCGAUGAAGACGAUGAAGAUGAGGGGUCAGGCCUUCGUGGUCUUCAAGGAGCUCACGGCCGCCACCAACGCUCUGAGGCAGCUGCAGGGCUUCCCCUUCUACAACAAGCCCAUGAGGAUACAGUAUGCCAAGACCGACUCUGAGGUUAUCGCCAAGAUGAAGGGAACGUUCAGUGACAAGGAGAAGAAGAGGGAGAAGAAGAAGAAGGCUCAAGAGGCUGCAGCAGCAGCUAACGCCACUAAGAAAGCGGCGCUGGCGAUGUCGACGGCGCCGCAGACACCCGCAGUCCAGGUUCCGGACAAUCCACCGAACCACAUCCUCUUCCUCAAUAACCUCCCUGAAGAGACCAACGAGAUGAUGCUCUCCAUGCUCUUCAACCAGUUUCCUGGGUUCAAAGAGGUCCGACUGGUUCCAGGGAAACACGACAUCGCCUUCGUGGAGUUUGAGGGUGAAACACAGGCGGGCGUGGCCAAAGAUGCUCUGCAGGGCUUUAGGAUCACAGCCACCUGCGCCAUGAGGAUCACCUACGCCAAGAAGUAGUUCCUGAUUGGAUCGGAGGAUCAGAGACUCAGUGGGGGUGGGGGGUGAAUCCAUCUCUACCUUUUUGUUUGUUUUUUUUUCUUUUUAGGUUUUUUUAUUAUUUCUUCAGUGACGGAGUUAGGAGGAGAAACCUCUGGAAUUUUGUAAAAUUAAAGAAUUAAACGACUAAAUUCUCUUUGUUUUCUA